AGAAGAAUGUUAAGUAAAAUUUUAAGGUUAUUUAUCUGCCAAUUCAUGCCCAAAAAGUCCAAAGACUCCAGUGUAAUUCACUCAUUACUACCAAGUAAAAAAAUGUUUCCUAACCAUCCUUCACUAACAGACAUCUCUAAAUUAAGUAAAGUAGAAGUAACUAAAAUUUUAGAUGGUAUUGACACUGUAUUACUAGACUGUGAUGGAGUUUUGUGGUUGGAGAAUGAACCAAUACCAGGUUCAGUAGAAGUUGUUAAUAUGCUGAAAGAAAUUGGGAAGAAGAUAGCAUUUGUUACUAAUAAUUCCACAAAAAUACGAGAAGAUUUUGUUAUUAAAGCUAAAAGGAUGGGAUAUAAUGUAGAAAAGGAGGACAUUAUAUCCACAGCAUAUCUAGUGGUUUCCUAUCUAAAAAGCCAUCGAUUUAGUAAGAAAGUAUAUGUGAUUGGUUCUAAAGGAAUUGCACAAGAACUAGAAUCAGCUGGAAUUAAACAUCUAGGGAUUGGUCCAGAUGUUAUUCAAAAUAACCUUGCUACCACUGUAGAGAAUAUCCAUAUUGACCCAGAUGUAGGAGCUGUUGUAGUAGGAUUUGAUGAGCAUUUAUCAUUCGUAAAAGUGAUGAAAGCCGCUUCAUACUUAAGCAAACCAUCCUGCCUCUUUAUAGCAACCAAUACUGAUGAAAGAUUCCCCAUGAGUUCAGAUUUGAUUGUGCCUGGUGCUGGAACUAUGGUAAGAGCAGUGGAAACCGUUGCUCAACGAGAAGCCACUGUCCUUGGAAAACCAAACCCUUAUAUAGUUGAUGCACUUAUCACUGAACAUGGGAUAGAUCCUAAGAGGACUAUAAUGGUUGGUGAUAGAUGUAAUACAGACAUUUUAUUAGGAACAAGAUGUGGUUUUCAAACGCUCUUGGUGCUGACUGGCGUAACGACUCUGGAGUACAUCCAACAACGUCAAAAAUCUAGUAAAAAGGAAGACCAAGAAUUGGUACCUGAUUAUUACCUAGACAGCUUAGGUGAUUUAUUACCGUUCCUAAAAUAAAUUAAACUAGUCAAAUUUCAUGCAGUUUAGACAAUUUUAGACAAAUUUUAUGUUUUCGAUCAAUGGACUGAGUCAUCAGGAAAAUCCGAAUUCUGUAGGUAGUAUUUACACUUGAAUGCCAUUGGUUGGCAGUUUAGCCAAUUUUCAAAUUAGAAAUGUCAAAAUAUGACAUUUAUGAAUUGUCACUGUUGAUAUAAAGGUUUUUCUAAUCAAACGGUGGUCAAAAAGUGGUGAUAUAUUUUAUUCAGCAAAAAUUCGGAAUUUUUUGAUGACUCUAUAUUUUUAACUUAAUAACAACUGAGAUAUCAAGGGGCCAUAUCCUUUGUGACGUCAUACUUUGUGCAUUCAACCACAUUUUAAUUCUAUAACAGAUUAUUUUAAACUAUUUUGUAAAUUAACUAGAUAUAGCCAGAUUCAUCAAUCACGGAUCUAAUUUAUAAAAUAUUUAGCUCAAACAAUUACAGUGAGUGUAUCUUUCUCUGAGUUCUUUCCCUAGUGGGACUCUUCAAUCAUUUAGUUUAAGGCAAAACUGGGGCUGCUUCCAAGAAUGAUUUCAAAUAACUUUCUUCGAAUUCUUUCUGC